UUGGUUUCAAUGAGGGACAUGGGCUGGAAGAUUGGGCGAGGCCCAAAAGAAAAGCCCAGGAACUGCGGUGACGAGAACGGAACGCGUGUUGGAAUGGGUGCUUCUCGUUGGUUUUGUCCAUCUCCUUCUGUUGUUCUCUUCAACUGAAUCUGCCUCUGCCUCACUUCGCUUUGACCCUUCAACCUUCGCCUUUCCCUCCGUUUCCGUGACUCAGAUGGCUGGAGGUGUUAUUCAGCAGCUAUUGAGGAGGAAACUCAACCCUCAAUUUACUAACUCUUCCUUGUUGACACCCAUCAUAGCAAAGAAAGAUGAUGCUGGCUCCACUGGCAGUAGGUCCUUAAGAGCACUUGCAUUAAUUGGAGCCGGUAUGUCAGGAUUUUUCAGUUUUACAUCAACAGCAGCAGCUGAUGAAGCUGAGCAUGGCCUGGCUUGUCCAAGCUAUCCAUGGCCUCACAAGGGAAUUCUUAGUUCAUAUGAUCAUGCUUCGAUUCGUCGUGGUCAUCAAGUUUAUACACAAGUCUGUGCUUCCUGCCAUUCUAUGUCUUUGAUAUCAUACCGUGAUUUGGUUGGUGUUGCUUAUACAGAAGAAGAGGUAAAGGCUAUGGCAGCUGAGAUUGAGGUGGUUGAUGGCCCUAAUGAUGAGGGAGAGAUGUUUACACGCCCUGGUAAACUCAGCGAUCGUUUUCCUCAGCCAUAUGCAAAUGAAUCAGCUGCUAGGUUUGCUAAUGGAGGAGCUUAUCCUCCAGACCUAAGUCUUAUUACCAAAGCCCGUCACAAUGGUCAGAACUAUGUUUUUGCCCUUCUAACUGGUUAUCGUGACCCACCUGCUGGUGUUUCGAUAAGAGAGGGACUUCAUUAUAAUCCUUACUUUCCUGGUGGAGCAAUUGCCAUGCCUAAAAUGCUUAAUGAUGGUGCUGUGGAGUAUGAAGAUGGUACCCCUGCUACAGAAGCUCAGAUGGGGAAAGAUGUUGUGUCAUUCUUAUCUUGGGCCGCGGAACCCGAAAUGGAAGAGAGAAAACUGAUGGGAUUUAAAUGGAUAUUUGUACUGUCACUGGCACUACUUCAGGCUGCCUAUUACCGUCGGUUGAAGUGGUCAGUUCUAAAGUCUCGCAAGCUGGUUCUUGAUGUUGUCAACUAGCCGCCUCAAGUUUCAUUUUCACUUAUGCAAAGUUUAUUGUUGGCAAUAAUUUGUCAGAUAGUUGUUUCAUCAUUUCAAAUCCGUUAAGCAAAAUUAAUGGUUAAUGGAACAACUGGAAGAGUGUUCUAAUUUUGUUUGAGAUAAAAUUGUACCAUGCACGAGAUGCGUUUACUUUUUUUUUAUUCAUCUCGGACCUGUGUAUUGUUGCAUUUUCCGAGAGGUGUUCCUAUUUGAUAUACUGUUAAAUUUUAUGGUACUUGCCUGUCAUUGGGAUUCAUAUUGGUCGUUAUUCAAUAAAAGGAAUACUAGAUUAUAUGCCCAA